AUGCAGUUGCUGCCUCAUUUGCCAGAUGCGAUCUUAGGCGUGGUGUCAGCACUGCCCCUGACAGAUGCAUUGGCCAUCCGUGUCACCUCCAAAGGAGUCGAAGCUUCGACAUCGGAGGGUUUGUUGCGUCUCAAGAAGUUGGACUUGACUCAUCCAGUCGCACAAACUGAGACAACGCCUCCAGCGUGCCUGGGUGGUGUCCAGUACUUGAUUCUACGGCAAGGAAUUUCCUCCGUGAAAGGUCAUUUACCGGAUUUGGCCGAAGAGCUUGCAGCUGCUGUUGCCUUUGCUCUUCAGCUGCCCCGGCUUCAACGCAUUGACCUCACGCGGUAUGACUGCAGCUUGCUUUUCUCAAAGCAUCGUGGGCAUCCUCAGGAAGCACCUUUGUUGCCACACUGCUUUGUAGCCAGUGAAGGAUCGUUUCAAUCAUCUUUAGAGGAGGCGAGUGUUUGGGCUCAGCUUUUGAAGGGCGCCCAAGGCAAGCGGACUGAGCCGAGGGACGACUGGUCUACCACUCUAAGAACUGUUCGGGCUGCUGCCUGCAGUGCCGCGGGCGUAGCGGCCCGCAGCUUUGUGGCGCAUGUGGUGUGCAAUGAGGGAACCGAGGCAUUGAUCAGUGACCUGCAGAUGUUGCCCAACCUGGUGGAGUUGCAGCUGGUUUGGUGGCCAAGCACUCACCGGUUAUGUUCACCUGAAGCGUGCUAUGUGAAACAGGUGACCCGCGCUUUGCCGGCCCUCGAGCGCUUGGAUGAGCUCUUUGCACAUGGUGCACAAAGGCCGCAAACUUUGGAGACACAGCAAGCUCACCACCUGCGCACCUGCGCACCUGUGCAAGGAUGCCCCUUGUGCGCUCAGCACCUUCGAGACCGAGACUGA